AUGAAGGUUGGCCAAAAAAACGGAGCGAAUCAACAACCGCGUGUGUCGAGCAUUUCAAAACGCGCGAUGAGCUCAAAACGACAAUCGGCGACGAAUUGCACCAAAAACGACGUCGACGAAUCGCUUCCCGUGUAUUCCGUCGAGGAGUCGAAAAACGGACAGCUCAUCAAUCGUCAGAAGCGCCUCAUAUGGCCGUGCCCGCGUCCGUUCUCGAAGAAGGAGUUCGAGAAGCGGUGCGGCGGCGGCGAUAAUUUGAGCUGCUCGAGCAGCUUCACAAAUUGCGCAACGCUUACCGAUUUGUCAACGACGACGACGACGAAAAGCGAAGGCGACGAAUCGCCGGAAACCGAUGCGUUUGUGGGCGGCGCCACAUCAAGCAAUGCCCAAAAGUUACUCGGACAUCGCAGUUUUGUCCUUUACUAUAGAAUGCCCGAUGAUGGGACCAUUCCAUUGCGAAUGCCGCUAAUGCUGGUCUACAAAUCGACAAACAACAUUUACUAUCACUUUACAAUCAGCGAAAGGAAACAAUACGAUCCAAGUGGGCACAUGACGAAGAAAUUCUUUAAAGUCGAAUGCGGCGAUUCCCUCGAGUUUCUUUCGAUGGAAGCGCUCAUCCGCCACUAUGAGACGUUUGUUUACCACGACGUUUGGACCGGCUCGAUGGAGUCAUUCCCAGUUGGUACGCGCGAGGGCGCUGUUUACGACGUCUACAAGUGA